AGCAAGCUAAACGGUUAACGGAUUUCAAGCGUACAGAGAAAACGUGAAAAGAAUUUCAUAAGCAAAAGUUAAUCAAACGCAAAACCAUACUACAAUCUCAAAGCGUUAAUUGCCAAAACCAGAAACUGAGAGAACAACAACAACAACAACCACAAAUACAAGAAACAACAGUGCAAUCAAGUGUGCCAAAAACAAACUUUUUACCAAAUAUAAACGUACAAGUGCAAAUAGAGGCUACGAAAAUAGCUGCAAAGACAGUGUCACGCGAAAGCACGAAAAUUAGCGCGCAGGAGCCUACCCCAGCACCAAAACAACAACAACAGCAGCAGCAGCAGCAACAACAACAACUCGAUUUCAUUUCCAAAAUGGUCGUAGAAGAAUCAAUCAGCAUGCAUUACAAGCAACAGCAACAAAAACAGCAACAACACAACAUGGGCGAAUGCCCCCUCAUUGGACGUACUGUGAAGACGGCGCUGCUGAAAGCCCAGGCCGAGUCACGUGUCAUUGUGGGUCUGUCGGCGGCCAUCAACGUGCUUUCCAAGUCCCCAGAGGGCUCCCUCUUCUGCCUGAUGGCCGUUCCCAAGGCCGGCGAUUCCGCCACCCACAUGCAUGAGGUGCUCCUUGAAGCCUUUUGCUACGAAAAUGACAUCUACGUCGUCAAGGUGGACGACGCCACCAAGUUAAGCCGCAUCUUGGGCCAAGAAACCAUCGAGUCAUGCUGCCUGAUCCAAAAGACCUGGACGGGCGAUGAGGAUGAGGAGCAGCUGAACAAGCAAGAGAACCAAUUGGUCGACUACUGCGAGGCCCAUUGGGAUGCACCCCAACAUCCCAUCGUGCAGCUACCAUCUGUGUAGAGCGUGUGAGCGGGUCAACAGUUAAUUGAACAGCCCAGAUAGAGGGGCAACUUUUGGUUUAAAUUGAAAAAAACCCAAAAACAAUCAACAAUAACGGGGUUGUUGGACCCAAGCGUUUGGAGAGUUCUGCGGAAACCGACGUUGGAACACAACCCUAAUGUACAUAUUUAUAUACUGUAUAUAGAGAUGAGAGAUGAAGAGGAGCGGCGUGCAGGCAAGGCAAAGCACGCUACGCCGUUGGUGGCGCAUUGACGCCACACUUAUACGUAUAAACCAAAAACAAAAACAAGAAACACCAUAUUCCCAGUUAUCAUAUGCUAAGUUGAUAAGCGUUUGAGAGAGCGAGGCAGCGGGCACUACAAAGCUGUUAAUUGAAACUGAAAGGCGACGAUGAUGGCGACCUUCGUCGGAGCAACAGCAACAGAAACAGCAGCAUCAUGAAAGCAGUAGAACUUGCAGCAGCUGCAGCAACAACAGCAACAACAGCAAUUGUGUAUGCACGGAAGUGCACGCACAACUCACACACACACACACACACACACACAUUAUAAACACACGCGCCAGACUCAUAGAUACCACAGAUACGAGCUACAAAAGCGCGUGACUGGCUGCCUGGCUGAUCGGCUGCUGGUUAUUCGCUAUAAGCCCAACAUAUAGUAACUGUUACAUACACUAAUAAUAGCGAUUAUAUUUUGAUAUUGAACAAAUUAUUAUGCAAUAUAUUACAAUAAUUGCAUGAAAAAUCAGAAAGAAAAACAAAAAUUAAUUUGCAUAUUAAAGUUUUGUUAUGUUAGCUUUUCAUAUUAUAGAAAAAAUACACCUUUAUACA